AUUGUACGGUGUUUCCGGCUCUUCUCAGUUGCAGACGCUCGUAAGUUUUCGGCAGUUUCCGGGGAAACUCGGGGGCUCCGCGUCUGGUUUGCUGUGUUCUGUCGCUGGGUUCGGUGGUGUAGGGUCUCGGGCUAGUCAUGGCGUCCCCAUCUCGGAGACUGCAGACUAAACCAGUCAUUACUUGUUUCAAGAGCGUUCUCUUGAUCUACACUUUCAUCUUUUGGAUCACUGGUGUAAUCCUUCUUGCUGUUGGCAUUUGGGGCAAGGUGAGCCUGGAAAAUUAUUUUUCCCUCUUAAAUGAGAAGGCCACCAAUGUCCCUUUUGUGCUUAUUGGCACUGGCACUGUCAUUAUUCUUUUGGGCACCUUUGGUUGUUUUGCUACCUGCCGAGCUUCUGCAUGGAUGCUGAAACUGUAUGCAAUGUUUCUGACUCUCAUAUUUUUGGUGGAACUGGUUGCUGCCAUUGUAGGAUUUGUUUUCAGACAUGAGAUUAAGAACAGCUUUAAGAGUAAUUAUGAAAGGGCUUUGAAGUACUACAACUCUACAGGAGAUUAUAGAAGUGAAGCCGUAGACAAGAUCCAAAGCACGUUGCAUUGUUGCGGUGUCACCGAUUAUAGAGAUUGGAAAGAUACUAAUUAUUAUUCAGAAGCAGGAUUUCCCAAAAGUUGCUGUAAAGUUGAAGAUUGUUCUCCACAGAGAGAUGCAAAUAAAGUAAACAAUGAAGGUUGUUUUAUAAAAGUAAUGACCAUUAUAGAGUCAGAAAUGGGAGUUGUUGCUGGAAUUUCCUUUGGAGUUGCUUGCUUCCAGCUAAUUGGAAUCUUUCUCGCCUACUGCCUCUCUCGAGCCAUUACAAAUAACCAGUAUGAAAUAGUGUAACCAGUAUACACACAGGCUUUAUCCUCUCCAACUUUAAGGUUACUUAGGUGUUCCCUGUGAAUUUUAAGAUCGCCUGUAUGGAGACUGACAAGAGUAGCUACGAAUAGGCUGAAAAACUACACCGAUAGAUUGAAAAACUACACCCUACAGACUGAUUAAAUCAAGAUAUUUGUUUACUACAUUUUAAGUCCACCUUCUGUCCUAUGUAUGUUAGAUCAUUGAAACCCCAUAUCUCUCAAACACUGGAAAAGCUAGUAAAGUGUAAAUGAAAUAUUGUGUUUCUCUCAACUUUUAUUUUUCUCAACAUGGGGCCUUUGAAAGUGCUGUGAAUUUGCUGUUUUGGUAGUGGUGUUAUUGAUGAAAAUUUAACCCCUCCAAAUUUGUUACUGAUGCAGUAUGAUAGAAAAUUGACCUCUCUGAACAGGCCUCUUACUGGCCAAGAUUAUCUGGUUUGAUUGUAUAAUUUGCACCAAGAAGGUUAAAUGUCUCAUUAGUCUCUGUUCUGCUGACAAGCAGAAAGUCAUGUUAUAUAAUUUAAUUCCAGGUAGUCAUUGGAUGGCGCCUCUCAUUGCAGUUUCUGGGUGGUGGUAACAGUGUAAGGCUUUGGGUCUAAAGCACCAAGACUAAGUUUCAACACAAUUUACAUUCUUUGCCUCCAAGCUAAGGGAUUUGUACUGAUGUUUAUACUUUCCCUAUGGUUUGGAAGGUUCUGAUUUUACUUUAAUGGUGUCACAAUAAUUGUAUUUUCCUUAGGAUUU